AUGGUACAGAAGUACACCAGUGAUCUCCAGAGAGUGCUGCAGCCCUUCCUGCUGAGGAGGGUAAAGGCUGAGGUAGCAGCUGACCUCCCCGUGAAGACAGAGAUACUGAUGUACCACGGCCUGUCUGCCCUGCAGAAGAGAUAUUAUAAGGCUAUACUCACGAAGGACCUGUAUGCCUUUGGGAAUGAGCAGGGCAACAAGACCAGACUGCUUAAUAUACUGAUGCAGCUCCGGAAGUGUGUGGACCACCCCUACCUGUUUGAUGGUGUGGAACCAGAGCCGUUUGAGAUGGGGGAGCAUCUGAUCCAGGCUAGUGGGAAACUCUGUCUGCUGGACAGCAUGCUGGCAUACCUGCACCAAGG